AUGAGGCACCUUAAAAUACUGGACGUGCGCGCAAGGCUGCACGCCAGAUCAGGGAUCGACUUUGAUACACGUUACAAGCACGGGCGCAAAGGCUGGACAGGUGCCGGACUCAUCAAGCUUCAAGAAAAGGACGCUUUUCCGGACCGCUACAUAGACACGAUCACCCCUUGGUCCGCUAAAGAGCGGUGUGACCAUAUUGCGAAACGGAUCCCGUCGGCUCUCGUUUUGUACCGCAUGAUGUGCCUCUUUCCAACCCUGGAUGUGCCGACGGUCGAUUGGUACAAGUGUCUCUGGGACUUCUCAUUGAAACACAAAGCGACCGGAUUCUUGCUACAGAUAUGGGAACACAAGGCCGGUUUGCAAGCCAGGAUCUACUGGACGGGCAGCCUUGAAAGCCCUGGUCCGGGGCCGGAAUGUUUCCAGGCUGACGCGUGCGCGUUUCUGGAGCUGCUCCUUUCGGACGAGUGCCGGCAUCCCUGUGGAGUGGUCGCGGGUUCCAUUGAUCCUGCUCUUCUGGACACCUGCAGCGCAGCGGCACAAAAGCAGCGAAGAUAUAUGGUGGACCUACCGCAAACCCACAGGGAUCGGCUGACGCCCGAGGACGAAUCGGCGGCGCGCGCGGUCAGAGAUAACGCCCCACAAGACGGUUCCGGUCGCUUGGAGGUCCGCUUCCGUUUCGCUACCAAAUCAAUCAUCUUAGGCGACUUGGAGCCGGAAUCUGCGGCGCCCAGAAACAAGAAGCUGAAGGCGGAAGUGGAUCCGUCGACCGUUCCCUUCUGCGUGACGAUCUCCUCGGCGCUGCUGCUCUACCGUCUUCUCGCCCUCUUCAGCCUCCUCGACCGCGAAACGCGCCUCUCCAAUGGAUCUUACGAAAGCGUCCAGACUCCGGUUGAGAUUCUUCGACCCGAAGUCCCUGACUCCGUCUGGUACACGGAGAUUGCCCACGUGGCGUCCGGAACCGUCGUCCGGUUUGGCGACUACCGCGGCGCGGCAAGCGUCUGGGCGAAAGCGUCCGAAGGAGCUGACAUGGACAAGCUCAAGGGGGAUCUUGAGUCGUUGCUCGAGCUGCUGUGCGGCGAAAAGUCCCCGCAUACGUACGACAAAGUGGUCGCCGGACACUCCAUUGACCCAGUCGGCUCAGCAAAUUGCUGGAAGCUGCCGGAAGCAUUCAGAGCUGAACGGAACGCUAGUGAUGGCCGGACUUCUCGGUGCCAAAUGGCACGAGCUCUCUUCGGAGAUUCAGAAGAGAAAGUCAGGUGA